UAAUUGCAUUCAAAGCAUGUGAUAGUAGUGACACGCCCCCUAGUGUUUGAUGCGUGUCAGCCUCCUGGAGUUUGAUAACCUUGCUCUGCGUCCGGGAGCAUCACUGAAGGAAUGUGGAUGUAGAUUCGGAUGUCCUCCUCUCCAUCCUCCUCUUCUUUCUCUUGUUGCUAAUUGUUGCUGCAGCCCCAGGGGGUCUCUCGCAUGUUGAUCAGGGCUCACCUCCGCUCUCUUCUUAACUCUGUCCACUCGGACCCGCAAUGACAAGCACGGAGAGCGUAAAGGAUAGUGAAGACCAGCCCUGCGUCAAGCUGGAUCCCGAGAAGAGCACGCACUUGCCGGGAAAAGCGACGCCGAAAGGUGACAGCUGUGCGGUCCUCAUGGAGAACAACCCUAAAGUGACGGCCAAUGGGUUGCACGACAUCGAGGACCGGAUCCUGAGGAUCACUGGCUACUACGGCUACAACCCGGGGUACUCCAGUCACCGAAGAGAGGAAGGCUCCGACUCUCAUGCAGAGACUCCAGGCAGUGAGACCAGCGAAGAGAGCCCAUCCUAUCAGACAUGUACCAACACAGCUCUGAAGGUGCUGGGUGGUCUGCUGAUGGUGCUUUGCAUCUCCUCCUCCUGGGUGGGCUGCACUCAGGUGGUUAAACUGACCUUCCAGUCGUUCUCCUGUCCCUUCUUCAUCUCAUGGUUCAGCAGCAACUGGAACAUGCUUUUCUUUCCUAUCUACUACUCUGGACAUGCAGUCAUCACACGGGAGAAGCAGACCCCCAUACAGAAAUUCAGGGAGUGCAGCAAGCUUUUUGGGGAGGAUGGGAUGACUCUCAAGCUUUUUGUAAAAAGAACAGCCCCCUUCUCAAUCCUGUGGACUCUGACCAACUACCUAUACCUCCUGGCCUUGAAGAAGCUGACCGCCACUGAUGUCUCUGCCCUCUACUGCUGCCACAAGGCCUUCGUCUUUCUCUUGUCCUGGAUCGUUCUCAAGGACCGGUUCAUGGGUGUUCGGAUUGUGGCAGCCAUAAUGGCCAUCACAGGUAUUGUCAUGAUGGCAUAUGCAGAUGGUUUCCAUGGGGAUUCCUUUGUGGGCGUGGCUUUGGCUGUGGGCUCAGCCUCCACAUCAGCUCUCUACAAGGUGCUGUUUAAGAUGUUCCUUGGGAGUGCCAACCUUGGAGAAGUGGCUCACUUCCUCUCCACCAUGGGCUUCUUUAACCUUAUCUUCAUCUCCUGUGUGCCCCUCAUCCUCUACUUCACCAAGGUGGAGCACUGGGGCUCACUGUCCUCACUGCCCUGGGGAUACAUGUGUGGACUGGCAGGACUGUGGCUGGUGUUCAACAUCUUGGUCCAUGUUGGUGUGGUGCUGACAUACCCCAUACUCAUCUCCAUAGGGACACUGCUCAGUGUGCCGGGCAAUGCAGCCGUAGAUGUUUUGAAACAUGAGGUGAUCUUCAGCGUAGUGCGCCUGGCAGCCACAUGCAUCAUCUGCCUGGGCUUCCUGCUCCUGCUGCUGCCAGAGGAGUGGGACUCGGUCACGCUGCGUUUCCUGGCCACAAUCGGAGACAAGAAGUCAGAGGACCACGGUGAGGAGCUCACAGAGUCCAGUGUCCAAACUCGAAGCCGCAGUCGAGCCAAUGGAGCGGUCUCCAUCCCCUUGGCAUGACAGCUCAGCUAGCCUUAGUUAACUUCUUGGGGACCUUUCAACUCAUGCUCCUCAUAUGCCCACCUGGGAGGUGUGGCAGGGUCUCCUGUCCACACGGACUCUAUCAGGCCGGCUGGAAGUAAUGUCUGAACUCAUUACACUUCACUCUGGAGAUGCAUCUCUGUCUCUGCCACUUCACUGCAGGAGGGAUAAACAAGAACUUUUAUGGACUUAGCAAACUGAAAGGGUGGAAAGUGUUAUUUACUUUCUUAAAAUACAUGCCACGCGCAGUCCUGUUCCUCGCACGCACCUGAACCAAGAGCUGACUGACCUCUCCCAACCUGCUCUGCAGACUGUAUUCUGUGAAUAUAAACAUUGGCAGGGCCACUUUGGCUCAAGUUUAUGAGUAUUUAUGAUAUUUAUUUAGAGCUGUAUUAAUAAGAGUAUUAAUUUUAAGUCUUAUUGAAUAAUAUUAUAUACAAGAAUGGCGAUUAUACUAUGCGUUAU